CCCCCCCAACUGCCUCCGUCGGCUCCUGGCGCCGCGGGGCUGCGACUGCUUCUUUGCAGGGGGCUGGGACUGGGCGGGCCUAGAGAGGAACUGAGGGAAGCAGGGAGGCAGCGAGAGGCGGCGGCUCCUCGCUCAGCCUCCCCGCCCGCUAAGCAGCAGCAGCAGUAGCAGCAGCAGCUCCUCUCGAGCCCGUGUGAGCGGCGGCGGCGGCGGCGGCGGCACAGGCAGCUCCGGCCAGUGCGCGGCGACGAGGGUGCCCAGCCCGGCGCCUCCGCAGUGCUCCCGCUCCGCCCCGGCAUGCCCGUCGCUGAAGGAGCUACGAUCAGGACGGGACGCGGAGAAGAGCCUACCGUUGCUCCGAAGCAGCCAAGUAGCACCUCUCGCUUCUUGCCGGGAUGAAGAGGCGUCUCCAGAGACAAAGGCUGGAUUCGGGCUGCUGCCAGUGAAGCUUUCGCUAGUGACUCCAUCUGCUUGCAGAUAGGCUCCUGUUCACCAUCCAUGGAGUGGCAGAGCCGAGGUCCUUGAUUGUGUUGGAUUGGGCAGAGCCCUCCACCUUCCACUCUGCUCCUUCCACUCACCAUGGGGUGGAGGCAUCUUCUUCUGCUCUUGCCUCUUGCUCUGUACGCCCUGGCACUGCUACUGACCACUCAAGCAGCUGGGCCCCCACGGACACCCAAGGGCAACCGGACACAGGGGGCAGCAGCACCCCGGCGACCCCCCAAGCCAGGCAAGGAUUCACUGAACCACACCCUGGCCAGCACAGCCCCCUCUUCUGUGCCAGCUGGUAGCGGGGGCAGCCGUGGCCGCAGUCCUGGUGGAGGGUCAGCAAGGGUGUCUUCCAGUGGCAGUGCAGGCAGCUCGAGCCCAGCAUAUGAAACAUGCAUGGGCUACUUUGAUGUGAGUGGGCAGUGGGACAAGGAGUUUGACUGUAACAACACCCAACAGAAGGAUUUCCGUUACUGCUGCGGCACCUGCUAUUACCGCUUUUGCUGCAACAAGCGCUCUGAGAAGCUCAAUCAGGACAAGUGUCGUAACCAGGACCCACGCCCCAGCACAGAUCCAAUGACCCCUGCCACCAGUAAUGAUGGACCGGGAGAUCUAUCCAAUGGGUAUGACCCAAAUGAGGACAACACUAAUGCCACCGUCUACAUUUCAUGUGGGGCCAUUGCCUUGGUUGUCAUUGCAGGCAUCUUUGCGAAGGUGGCCUAUGACAAGGCACGACAGCCACCACAGGAGAUGAACAUCCACAGGGCUCUGGCUGAUAUCCUCCGGCAGCAGGGACCAAUCCCUAUAGCACACUGUGAAAGAGAGACUAUCUCGGCUAUAGAUACCUCUCCCAAAGACAACACACCAAUUCGAACAUCCUCCAAAAACCACUACACACCAGUGCGCACUUUCAAGGGCAACCCAGGUCACUAUGGAAAGGAUAUUUAUCGAAGUGGAGGUCCAGAUUUCCAUAAUUUCAUCUCUUCCGGAUUUGUCACGUUAGGAAGAGGACACAGCAAGGAUGACCAAGAGCAAAAUUAUAACCAUCUGAUAUUAAGCAGUGCAAACCAGAUACCUUCUAACGAAAAGCCACGGAUGAACAAUAUCCUCACCUCUGCCACUGAGCCCUACGAUCUCUCCUUCUCCAGGUCCUUCCAGAACCUCUCUCACCUCCCACCAUCCUAUGAGACUGCGAUCAAGACUAACCCAAGUAAAUAUUCUUCCCUGAAGAGAUUAACUGACAAGGACGCUGAAGAAUAUUACUCAAGAAAGAGGCACCUUCCAGACUUAGCAGCAAGAGGGACCCUCCCUCUCAAUGUCAUCCAGCUUUCCCAGAAACAGACCACCCAAAGGGAGCGGCCACGCCGUGUGAUGAGAGCCAUGUCCCAGGAUCGGGUGCUGUCCCCAGAGAGGGUCAUGCCAGAGGAAUUCAGCAUGUCUUACGAGAGGAUCCUUUCUGAUGAACAGCUGCUGUCCACUGAGCGCCUCCAUUCCCAAGACCCACUGCUAUCUCCAGAGCACUCGGGUUUUGGAGAUCAAUCAAUGUCACGGGCUUUGUCACACUCCGAUGUCUUUGUUUCUACACCUGUCUUAGAUCGUUACCGGAUGACUAAGAUGCACUCCCAUCCCAGUGCCUCAAAUAACUUGUACAACACUUUGAGUAUGAACCAAUCUUCUGCCAAGCGCCAGGCAUUCGCCUCCCGGCGGCACAACACAGUGGAGCAGCUACAUUAUAUCCCAGGAUACCAUCACCAUUAUCGCACAGCCAGCAAGACAGAGGUGACUGUUUGAUCAGACACUGUGCAUUGUAGAUAAACCAUAUGGACUGGGGUGGCCUCAGUGCCCUACACUGCAGUGGCCUUAUGGCCAAGAUAACCUCUAAUUCAAUGUCUGAAAAGACAGACUCUGCCGACAGUCCUGUCUGUGUUGUUUUGAAAACUCAUCUCCAUGUUAUUGACACAAGAAGGAAAAAACAAAACCUGAACAGGGAGAGAUACAGGUAAGAUUGCCUGACAAGCUCAGUUUCUGUCAAAGAAAGCCAUACCAGAUGAUGGCUCUUUUCAAGGACUUAUCUGCAGCUACUCUCCCUUGUUUACCAAGGUAGGACUGCUACACCCAUCACAACAAACAGAGAAGAACCUCACACACAGUUGGUAUAAUAUAGCCAAGUUGACAAGUGUUCUGGUCUGGCACAGUGGGAUCCUAUUAUGUUCCCAGUGCUUGCCAGGUGUUGAAUUUUACCAUUACUCCUUGACAAUAGUCUUGGCUGAGGGCAGUCCCAGCUAAGAUCCAUCCUGUACAUUAGAAGGUGGUAACCCAUUUUCAAGUAGUCAUGGGUCUUUCUGGUCCUUGGAGAAAUUCCAUUGGUAAACACUAUUACCUAGCUAAUAGAUUUAGUGACUUUGGUUGCCAUAGUUUGGAAGCCACAUGGUUUUACAUGUAACUGUGAAACAGAACUACUCCAGUGCCUAUAGAAUACCAGCCCUCUAGAUGGAAGGAGGAGUGAGAUGGAUUUGUUUAUAAGCACAAUUCUGCCACUAAGGGUUCGCCACCCCCACCCCUUCUUCCAUCCAUCUUUACAUCUGUAAAUUCCCAGUAUGUACAUAAUAAUAAUAAUAUUAAUUAAUUAAUUAUAAUAAUAAAAGACAAGAGACAAAAUUGCUUCUCAGUAUCAAGAGGCACCAAAAUCUCACCCAUUUUUAAACACAGGAAUGGCCUCCAUUUUGUGUUCUAGAUGGUGCCUAUGAAAGAGACAGCAAGGCAUGAGAGAUGUAGAGUAGCUGUAACCUAAUGAUCAUGUUCUGAAGAGCUCGUCAUUAGCACAGUCUAUACUUGGUUUCUUGCUUGAUUACAACAUUGGCCACUCCUAAGGAGGACUGGCCAUUGUGCAGCAUUCUUUUAGAAAGAUUCCUCUUUCAAACUUUUGUUGUUGCUUUCAUCCCGGCAAGUGGCCCAACAACAUUUUUUGGAGUCCCAGUCUUGCUGCAUCUUAAUCCCAUCCAGCAGAUGCUUGAGCAUCUCAUAUACCAGUUAGGCACAUUGUACACCUAUUGUGCAGUGGUAAUUAGACACUGAGUGUCUGUAAAACCUUUCAAACAAACGUUUGUAGGUCCAGCAUUGGUUGGAUUUUGCAUAUUGGGGACAUGUUAAUUCUAAUUAACAUGUCCUGUACAUAGACACACCCCAUUUCCUUGCCUGGUCCUGAGCUCUGAUUCAAUGAUUGAAUGUGGUGACCAGGCCUGUAUGGGGUUUGUGGAAUGUUCCAUUAAGUACUUGCUCCCCCACCCCCGCCCAUGUUACAAAUGCUCAUGCCAAUUCUGUACAAUGGCAUCUGGAACUCUUGUGGAAUUAAGCACCCACAUUGCUUAAUGGUCUAAACAUGUGCAUUUGAUCAAGAACUCUUGGUUUUCCUGGAAUUCCCCUUCAUCAGAGUUCUCUGCAGGUGGUUUUGCACGGUGGACUUAUAUUCUCUCUGCAUUUUUCAGAGAGGCACCUGCAUGAAGGAGGAUACCGUGGUUUUUUGGUGGGGUUUUUUGGGGGGGGGGUUGGUUGGUUGGUUAGUACCAUGACUUCAUUUAUAGAACCAGGGGGAAAAGAAAAAAAAACAGCCACAGGUCUGCUUUUUUUCUGGCAUGUUAAAUGUUUGCAGACUGCUAGUGGAGCCAUAACAAAUACUGUGCUUUACUUAACAGAAACUGGGCUGGGAAGGAACAGAAGCUGUAAUGGCCUUAUCUAGUUACUGUUCAUGUCCUGCUGCUCUCAAGCCACAGACAUAAGCUUUGAACUAGUUAACAACAAUUGUAAUGCUCACAGGUAAGGCCACAACAAGGUGAGGGAGAGGCAGUCUUUUCUGAGCACUCUAUAAUAUGUGCCAUUUCCUUAUCUUCAGUGUAGUUGUCUUCAAAUCUCUGGUGCCCAAUAAGAUGGUCAAUAAAAGCAUUUUACCUGCAAGGGCAGUACUACCAUGGUUCCUCCCCAGAAGGAUAAGGACCCUGUGCCCUCUUGAUGCCAUCUGUACAGGAUGUGUCGUUUCCAUUUUCCAUAAUGUAAACCAAGAGACAGUCAUUCAUUACAUGGGUGACAUAUCAGAGAGGUGAUGCAAGCCCUUGACUCACUGAUGCAAUGAGCAAAGGGAUAUUUUUUUUUAGCAUUGCAGCACAGGGACACAUAUGAUAGUGCUGAGGGGGUCUGGGCUGUUUUCUUAGGUGUUUCCCGAGGUCACUACAAAUCUGUUUGAGAGAAUGUAUAGAUGCCAAUAUUAUGUGGUCCAUUUUCAGACCUUCUCCUGACCUUCUGUAGUUACACAAUAAUCUGCAAAGCAGUAGUGGACUCUGCUCCUGUCUGCUGGGCCUUCUUCAUAUGUUUCACAAACACCAUAGUUGCUGCCAGAAACUGCUUGUGUGUCGCAGGGGAUCCACACAGUUGCUGGGACAUUUUGACUGUAGCACAGCUUUCACCCUUGCAGAGGCAGUUUUCAGUGGGAACUAUGCUGCCUGUGUAACAGAUGAAGAGAUCCUCAAUCUUUCAGCAGCUAGUGUGCCCUACAGAAAUCACCAGGACAGCCUUCAGUACAAACCCUCCUUACAAUACAGAGCUGCAGUGGUACCCCCAGUGAAAUUCCUGAUGUCCCAUCUGCCUGGGAUUUGGCGGACACUUGAACAUGAUGGCUUGAGGUGUUCUGAUUGUUGCUCUAGGUGAAUAGAUGAAGCAAGCAGCCCUGUUUACUUUGUCUUUAUUAGCAUUUAGAGCUCUGCUCUGGUAUGAAGUUGGCUGAAGCUUGGUGCUCAGCUGGAAUUCUAGUCUCCAAUCCAUUUGCAGUGAGAUGCAGGGCAUCCUAAUCUCUAGCCCCAAGUGAAGUUUCCGAUUGCUUGCACACUGCUGAGACAGGGAGCACAUAUCUUGUGAGCAGUGCAGCCAGGCAGAGUGUCCUUCAAGGGUUGGUAAUUCCAGCUCUUUUACUUCUUGGCUAAAUGAAGUUGCAGUGGAGUAGGUUUAGAGGAAAUGUUGUCCAUUACCUCGGUCUUACAUCCUAACCCUAAGAGCAGUUGACAACAGUACUGUUUAUUUCAUUUUAUUCUUUAAAUACUAUUUCAGAUGUUUCCUUCCAACAACAGUGGUUGAAAUUGGGGGGAAAUCAGUACCCAGUUAAAUAUGUGACUGAUGUAAUGACUAACUUUUAUCAUUUUGAUGGAACAUCCAGCAAGGAAGUCAAUCAUCAGCCAUAGGCUUCAGAAUUGCAGCUAUGAGCUCAGAAACCAACAGACAGAAAGAGCAGCAUUUGCAGGGGGUAUGAAUUCUAAACUAAGGAUUGCUCAGUCAUCAUAGAUAGGCAGGGGGGUUUGACAUCCCUAACAUUCUCCAGUGCUACAGUGGGCCAAUUUCAAUCUGUGACAUAGAAAGUGCAAGGUGGAUAUGAUAUCAGAGAUUUUAGCUUGGUGGGGAAAUCCAAGUAAAUAAUACACAUCUUCUCCCUUUUCUCUGAUGACAUAAACAUUGUUCUCUCGCGAACUCCACAUCCGCAGGUUUCAUUACUUCCUUGAAUUCAUCUGCCUUUCAAAAGCCAUCUCCUCAGCUUUUACUCAGGAGAACAACAGAAAAUGUCCAUAUUCCAAGCAGAACAGAGUUCCUUGAUGUGUUAUUAGAUACUUCUAAAUCUACAGGUUUCCAAAUAAUGCUCCACUAGAGGGUUUCCUCAACAGUGCAUGGAUAGUGGGGAGGAGGAGGAGGAGGAGGCUUGUGCUGUAAUUCUACAAAGCUCCAUACAUGCAGCCGCAGGUUUGGGAGGUGCUUGUACUGCAGCUAUUUGAACAGGCAAGUCCACUUUAAAUUGAAAAGUGAGCUUGCCUAUUCCCCUGUGCAAGUGGCGGAAGUAGAAACCACAAAGACACUUCUGGCUACAUGCACAGCUCCUCCCUACAUAAUCGUACACUCAACAGGGUGAGAACCUGACAAUACUGGUAAGCAUGGCCAGCUUCAUAAUGAGGCACACAGAGGCAGUCACGUCAGAUGGCAGAUUGUCAGGGGCAGCGGGGGGGGAGUAGUUGCUGCCUUAGUCGCACCUACAUGCCCUAUCCUCACCACGUCUGUGGAGGAAAGUGGUGGGUAGAGUGUCUUGGGAGAGACACUCUAGUUUACCACUUCCCUCUCCUCCACAUUGCCUCUUCUGCUCCAUCUCAACCUCCUUUUCAAAUACACCGUACUGAGGAGGAGUACAGAGGAGGCAGUCCUUGCAUGCUGCUACCAACCCAGGAAGUAGCAGGCAGGUGAGGCAGCAGGGGAGGACAGGAAGCCAGGAUGCCCCACUACAGGUGCCCACAUGUCUUUUUUUUGGUAACUCUACCUGCAUGGCAUACUGUAUGUUUAUUGCAUUCACACAUUGCAUUGUGAAGUAGACCCUUGCCAUGUCUUAGGUAUACAUGUGAAAGCCUAUAUGUGUGAAGAGGCCCUAAGACAGCAGCUUUGAUUGAUUCCACCUGUUUUUAUAGCAUAUCCUACAAGUGAGUAGGCAGCUCUGCAUAGCCCAAACAGCAUUACCUUCUGCUGGGUUCUGUUCAAGUAUUUAUCAGCAUGAAAACAGAAAGAGAGAAAAACACAUUCAAACUAAAGUCCUACAUGAUACAGUUUUUCACAACAAACAGAUAGGAAACAGCUCUCAGAAAAAGAAAAAACCAUGUGCACCAUCCAUGUCUACAGGAAAUGUUAUAUCCUAAAAGCUGCAGUCUGUGUUUUAUUGAACAGGGUUAAUCUUUCUCUCCCCCCGCCCCCACACCAUGUGUUCUCUGAUGUUCAACUCUCAAACUGCACAGGUUCGUGGGGGUGGGGGGGGCAGUUUCAAGGGCAAAAGCUAUGCUUUCCCUUCUCAGAUGUAACUGUGGACACCAACUCUGCUUCCCAGCACCUCCAGGCAACACGUGCCAAGUGCAGCUCCCACUCGUGGACCUACAUAUCCCACUGCCUACACAGAGCAUUCAUUGUAGCAAAGAGAGCUACCGCAGAAUAGCCAAAUCAUUCCAAAUGUUUGCUUUGAGGGGCUGGGAAUGUGUAAAUGGAAAUUAUGUCCUUGCAGGUUACGGGGGAGGGGGGCAACCAGAAUCUUUGGGCUCCUGGAUGGAAUCACUUGUCUAGAGAACUAUGAACCCCUUAACUUACUUUGCUUUCUCAUUUAUUUUCAUGAUCACAUGGUUUAAAUCAAGUGAACCAAAAGCAAAGAAAAAAAGCCCCGUGGUGAUAAGCUUCCAGCCAUGGCUCAUCUUGAGAUGAUAAGUGGCAAGGAUGUGCAAUCAAUGUAUUAUCUUUGGGAACCAGAGUUGAGUGGAGGGUUCACUACAGUGAGGUGACUAGAAAGGGGCUGGAAGUAGCAUGCAAAGCAUUAUGGGUCAGUGAAUAAUCAGCAUUAUUGAUUCAAAACAACCACCUGAAUCCAUUAUUCUGAUUCUCUCUGCCUAUAUGGGAGUUACCUUCUCACAGGAACCACUCUUUUGGACACUGAGUAGCCUUCAUGAAGUUAAGAUUUUUUUAAAAAAAAAAUUCUACCAUAUGACUGAUUAGCUGUUCUGAAUUUCCUUAGCAGACAAGCUCAGACCUCCACUGAAGGUUCUUUGAUUCAUAUCAGUUUCCUGUGUUCAUAUUUCAUAGGGGCUAAAAUUUCAGGAAAUGCUGAAAAGCUAGAUUAGGUAUUUUCCCUGAAAAGCCUUAGCAAUAAUUCUGGAUGAGGUUGGGUCUCACAUUACAACCACCUGUGUGUUGUAUGUUCGUUGCAAAAUAACAGACGAUUGAGCCUGAUAUCCGAGGUGUCUUCACUGAGUUGUAGAGGCAGCAGAUACAAUACAUUAAAACCUCUGUUUCAUCUGCUGAAGGCAUGUGGGGAUGAAGGGAGACAGAUAAAUUCUGUUCUAAUGAUAUUUAUGUAAAUCUGGGGGGUGGGAGGGGGAUAAAGAUCCAUAAUCUCAUUAGUUAGCAAAAUGGCAUUUGGUGUCUCUUGUGACCCUUCAUGAUCUGUGGGCAUUCUCACCGUGGGCGCAAACAGCGAGGAUCGCGCCAUACUGUGUUGCUCUAACCACAUGCUUUGCAACUGCUUCUCCAAGCCUUCAUCCCACAAGCUGACAAGGAAUUCUUGAGCAAGAGUUUCUAGCCUCCAAGGAAGCCAAUACUUACUGUAACCAGCUUUGUUUGGGGAUACAGUUUCCUGAGGGGAAGGUUGAAUGUCCGACCCUCUUUGUGCUUUAGCCCAGUGUAUGGAAUCCAUGUUUAUUCUCCAGUAGUUCUGAUGAGAAAGUACAUUUGUAUCUGUAUCUUUGCACAGACUCUUGGUUACGCAUUAAGCUUCAAGGCAGCAAGCAGUAUGUGACUUGUUUUUCUCCGUAUUAUCCUUGUUGUUAUACUUACCUGUAAAAGCACAUUCUGUAGGUACUGUAAACAAAAACUAUUACCAGUUUAGUAAAAAUUUAGAGUCUUAAGGAUUUUUUCCACUUUUGUCAGUAACAAAUAUUUAUGGAUUCAGAAAUAAAGCAAUUUCAACAGAAAAAAACACCUCUGUUUCUUUUUUUAUACACAUUGGAGAAACUCAGAGGCCAUCUUUUUUGGCUGCCUUUCCAAACUCUGUAAGCCAGGGCUGCUCAGCGUUGGCCUUCCUGC